GAUCCUGAUGACUUGUUUCUGACCAAACUACUGAACUAACACCAUACAAAAAUAUUGGACGUUUUCUUGGUGAUCUUUUUAUUUAUUUUGUAUUUAGUGGGUUGGUAGCUUUAUAAACCCUGGCAUUCUUGUCCCGGAAUAUCGAUCGCUUCGUCCUUGCCUGCAGCCAUUGAGCUACCCCGUAAUUGAAUUGAAUUGCUGUAUAGUUCUAGUAAUGCUUCGCUAUCAUUUAGCUGGAUUCUUCUAAAUCAUAGCGAGCUAAAUGAUAGCGAAGCAUUACUAGAACUGUACAAAGCAUCACAGGUUCAGAUCUUUGCGGAGGAGCCGGUACUGUAAAACAUUGGUUCUUGGUCAGCUAAACUUCUGAAUGAACAACUGUGUUCCAACAAGGUUUCAAGAUCUGUAGACCCCGGAGAGGUAGGUAGUUUCCACUGUUAUACAAAACAUAAUCCUUUCCGUUUUUAAUCAAUGAUUAAUUGAGCUCAUCCAGGUGGAACAUUGAACAGUCGAAGACAGGGGGUUUCCAUAUGCUAAAAACAGCAUACCAGUGAGGCCCUUAGCUUGGAUAUGCUACAUGUUCUGGCCUUUGAGUAGCUAGAUCUAUCAGAAUUCUGAACUUUUUGAUCCGUGCAAGCAGCGAUUGUCAGGUAGACGAAGGAAUGGUCGCGCUGGCAGCUGAUGGGUUCCAUUCCUCCCAGGCUUUGUAUCAACAAGAGCUUCACAAACUCAAGAGCUGGAUGAAAGAGAUGAGACUGGAGGAGCUAGAGUUCGCGAGAGUGAUGCCGCUGGUCUGCCUUUUGCCACCUGCUUCCACCAUGUUCGCCUCUGAGCUAUCCGAGGCUAGCCUUGCCUAUGCCAUGGAGAACAUCCUAGUGACCGUGGUCGAUGACAUGUUUGACGUCGGGGGGAUCAAUGGAAGAGAUGGACAACUUCAUCACGCUCAUCGACAAGUGGGACGCGCACGAAGAAGUUGGCUUCUGCUCCCAGAGCGUGGAGAUUGUUUUCCGCGCCGUCUACCACACCAGCAACCUCCUCGGAGUCAAGGCCGCGGCAGUGCAGAACCGCAGCGUCAUCCACCACAUCGUCGAGCUCGGGGCGGGCCUGGCGAGGGCCAUGAGGGCCGAGGCGGAGUGGACAAUGAGCGGCCACCUACCGUCCUUGGAGGAGUACAUGGAGGUCACAGUGCCGUCGUUCGGGCUGGGCCCAAUCGCCCUCAAGCCGCUCUACCUCAUCGGGCCGGAGCUCACCGAGGAGGUGGUCCGGAGCCUGGAGUACCAUGAGAUGUUCCGGCACGUCGCCACCUGCACCCGCCGCCUGAACGACCUCCAGACAUAUGACAUGGAGGAGGAGCAAGGGAAGACGAACAGCGUCCUACUGCUGGCUCGUUGCCACGGCGGUACCAUCGAGGCGGCCAAGGCGGAGGUGUGGAGUACCAUCAUGGCGUCCAGGAGGGAGCUGCUGAGGAUGGUGGUCAGGGACGGCGGUGCAGUGCCCCGGCCAGUGCGUCAGGAGUUUUGGAACAUUUGCAAGAUUGCCCACCUGUUGUACAAGGACAAGGACGGCUUCUCGUCGACCAGGGAAACGAUACACGCGGCGAACGCGGUUAUGCAUGAGCCGCUGUCCUGGGGCGAGGAGGGAAGAUCGACUCCCAGGCUGCCGCCGCAUCAAUAUAAGUUGUGAUGUUCUUUGCUGCUCAUGUGAUAUACUUCUAAGAGUAAAAUGCGCCACCGGUCCUUAAACUUUUUUGGGUGUGUCGUCCCGGUCCACAGACUUUUAAA